UUUUGUUAUCUUUCGUCCGGGGGUGGUACAGAUUUGCAGUGGAGGCUGUAUUUGAGAGUUCCUGUAUAACAUUAUUCGCUUGUAAGGUCGGUUAGAAAGCAUUGUUGGGGAAUCGUCUAAGUUUUCUCUCUAUUAGGAAAUAGAAGCUUUGGGCCUUCGAUCGAGUGAGCGUGGUAUGGAUGUAAAAGAAGCACGGUCGUUGGCCCUGACCCCGACGUGGUCUGUAGCUACUGUGUUGUCUGUCUUUGUUGCUGUUUCCUUGAUCGUGGAGCGCUCCAUUCACCGCUUAAGCCAUUGGUUGCAGAAAACUAAUCGGAAACCUCUAUAUGAAGCUGUGGAGAAAAUGAAAGAGGAGUUGAUGCUGCUGGGGUUAAUAUCUCUUCUUCUUACUGCUACCUCGAGGACGAUUUCAAAUAUUUGUAUUGAAACAAAGUUCUUUGCUAGUAGAUUCGAUCCAUGUUCUGCAUCAGAGGUGGAAGCUUCUGAAGCUGAUAAUUCUACCCACGACCGUAAGCUGUCUAUGGGUUCAAUUCUUCAUCACUCAUUUAGAAGCAUGCUGAGCAGCUUGAAUCAGAAUACCUGUAAAAAGGGUCAUGAGCCAUUUGUUUCAUAUGAAGGCUUGGAGCAGCUGCAUCGCUUCAUCUUUGUGAUGGCAAUAACUCAUGUAUCUUAUAGCUGCUUAACAAUGCUUUUGGCAAUUGUAAAGAUCCAUUCUUGGAGGACGUGGGAAGAUGAAGCUCAUAUGGACCAGCAUGCUUCAUUAACUGGAACAACAAGAGAGUCAAUAUUGCAAAGGCAAUCUACAUUUGUGAAGUUUCAUACAUCAAAUCCUUUGGGAAGAAAUAGUUUUCUUGUUUGGAUGACUUGCUUCUUCCGGCAAUUUGGACAUUCAGUGAUUCGUGCUGAUUACCUAACACUCCGCAUGGGCUUCAUCACGAACCACAACCUUACAGCAAAAUUUGAUUUUCACAGCUAUAUGGUUCGCUCUAUGGAAGAGGAAUUCCAAAGGAUUGUUGGUGUGAGUGCACCGUUGUGGGGAUUUGUUGUUGCUUUUAUGCUGUUUAAUGUGAAAGGCUCUAAUCUUUAUUUCUGGAUAGCCAUCAUUCCUAUUAUUCUUGUGCUUAUGGUGGGUACAAAGCUACAACAUAUUGUUGCAACUUUGACAUUGGAGAAUGCAGGCAUAAAUGGAUUCUUCGGGGGAACAAAAUUAAAACCUCGAGAUGAACUUUUCUGGUUUAAGAAGCCAAAAUUAUUAUUAUCCUUGAUCCAUUUUGUUCUGUUCCAGAAUGCGUUUGAGCUCGCAUCCUUUUUCUGGUUUUGGUGGCAGUUUGGGUACGAUUCAUGCUAUAUUAGGAGCCACUUUCUGGUCUAUACCCGGCUGAUUUUGGGGUUUGCCGGACAGUUCCUCUGCAGCUACAGCACCUUGCCACUCUAUGCACUGGUUACCCAGAUGGGAACACACUACAAGGCAGCCUUGAUCCCACAGAGAAUUAGAGACACAAUCCAUGGUUGGGGAAAGGCAACAAGGAGGAGGCGACGGCAUGGACACGUAACUGAUGAUUCAACCAUACACACGGAAGCAAGCACAAGGUUCUCCUGCCUCUCCAUAGAGGAAGAUGAUCAGCUGUUGGUUAAGAGCCCUGCUGCUGGUGAGUACACUGACAUUGAGUUGCAACCCAUUGCAACUACGACAGCUAGUCCCUCUCCAGUUGCUAAUGAGACUUCAAGUUUGGCUGGUAUGCCUCUCUUAAAGGUCUCAACUUCUCUUUCGUCCUCAACCUCCGUCACUCUUCAUCAAGGCAGAACUCCCAGAUCCAAUUCAAUGCCAAGCAGGAGAGGAUGAAUGUACUGAGGAUCGCCAUACAUCUUAAGAGUGCUGAACAUAUAGAGAUUGUCCUAGUCCGUAGAUGUACAAAGGAAUUUAUGUAGGAGCUUUGAUGGUUUACAAGGGAAAUUUUGUAGUGCUAGUUCACAGUUGUAUAGGAAGGAAAUGCAGUAUGGCAUCCAUUGUAGUCUUAUACAGGUGAAAAUAUAAGGACAAACUGGUGAUAUUUUGUAAGUUUAUCAUACUUGCAUUUAUAGCUGUAUUCUUAAGAGACAACAAAUGAAACGACUGGAAAUAUAUGACUUUACUAUCUGUA